GAGGGGCGCUGCUUGCGUCGGGGAGCGCGCAGCCUUCCCUCCCUCUGCAGACCCAUUGAGACACACAAGAAAGGAGAGCGAGCGAGGCAGCACCAUGACCGAGACGACCAAGACUCACGUUAUCCUCCUGGCCUGCGGCAGCUUCAACCCCAUCACCAAAGGGCACAUUCAGAUGUUUGAAAGAGCCCGGGAUUAUCUGCACAAGACAGGAAGGUUCAUUGUCAUUGGUGGAAUUGUCUCACCUGUACAUGACUCCUACGGGAAGCAGGGUCUGGUCUCCAGCCGACAUCGCCUGACAAUGUGCCAGCUGGCUGUUCAGUCCUCUGACUGGAUAAGGGUGGACCCCUGGGAAUGUUAUCAGGAUACUUGGCAGACCACCUGCAGUGUACUGGAACAUCACCGGGAUCUGAUGAAACGAGUGACUGGUUGCAUCCUCUCCAACGUGAACACACCUUCCUUGACCCCAGUGAUUGGACAGCCUCAGAACGAGUCCCCACAGCCUGUCUAUCAGAACAGCAACCUCUCGAACAAGCCCACUGCAGCAAAGUUUUUGGGGAAGGUGGGAGAAAGCCUGAGCAGGAUUUGCUGUGUUCGUCCACCGAUGGAGCGUUUCACCUUUGUGGAUGAAAAUGCAAACUUGGGAACAGUGAUGAGAUAUGAAGAGAUUGAGCUCCGAAUCUUGCUGCUGUGUGGAAGUGACUUGCUGGAAUCCUUCUGCAUUCCAGGCCUAUGGAAUGAAGCUGACAUGGAGGUGAUAGUUGGGGACUUUGGCAUUGUUGUUGUGCCACGAGAUGGAACUGACACAGACCGGAUCAUGAACCACUCCUCAAUACUCCGGAAGUACAAAAACAAUAUCCUGGUUGUGAAAGAUGAUGUGAACCACCCCAUGGCCAUUGUCAGUUCAACUAAGAGCAGACUGGCUCUUCAGCAUGGUGAUGGUCAUGUGGUGGAUUACUUGUGUCAGCCAGUCAUUGAUUACAUCCUCAAGAGUCAGCUGUACCUGAAUGCCUCUGGCUAAAGCUGCCUCGGAGUUGCACCAUGGCAGCCCUAUUACUCCACUCUCCUACGGUUGUUCAUCACAAUUCUCUCUUUCUCACUCUCUCAUUUCUUUCUCAUUGCCUCUUGUGUGCAUCUGCCUGUUUCACUCUGAUGUCCCACCACCACUACCAAAUGCCGGGAAGUGCUGCAUACAACAACCAACCGAGUGCGCACUCCAUCCAGUAAUCUUCCCCCUUCUAGUUAGGAGAGAAAAUGGAAGAGAGGAUCAGAUGCCACGUGCCUCAGGGGGACAGCUUUGGUGUCUACCUUCCCAGCAUGCAUUAUUAGGGGAUGGAACAUUGCAUACCUUUCUAGCACACCUUGGAAGCCAGGAAGGUAUUUUCAUAAUACAUCAGCUAAAUAAAUUUCAGUGGGCCUUUUUAUUUUUAAUGCAGGGGUUUUUUCCUCUCCCUCUAUUUUUGGUUUUCUAAAAAAUUGCUGUGAUCCAUUCAAAUUAGAAUGUGGUUGGCAGAAGGAGAUUCUGACCCACUUGGUACAAAGCCCAGACUUUUUAGGUCAAGCAUGGAAGAUUUAGCUUGAAAAAGAAAGAAAAAGAAAGAAACUGCCCAAAUUCUGGAUUGUGUUAUCUGAAGGAGGGGAAUUGCUGGGGAAAGGAUGAAAGAAUGGCAGGGAGGCAGAAUUUUCCUUUGUAAAUAGAUGCUUGUUUCUAAGGGCAGGGGAUUUAAAUGGGUUUCCUGUUGUGCUUUAAUCCCUUUUUUAAAAAGAGCACUCCCUAGAGUAGAAUAGCGACACAGAGCACACCUGCCUGGGAUGCUGCAAGUCAGUAACCCACCUUGCUUGUUCAUGGAAUGCCUUCAAUAAUUUGUCCCAGAUUGGCUGUGUCCUCUUGGUUUAAAGUGUUUAAUUUUCUGCAGAAACUCAUUUGGCUUUUCAGCACUUGUGGUGUCCACUGCACCCUUGCUAGUGUGAUUAGUUCAGGCUCGUUCAUUCGCAGCUGUUUCCCUCUGUCAACAUGCCUGCCUCUUUCAGCCUUGUGGGGCAACUGCAGUUAGUUCCACACUCAGGAAGAGGUAUUCUCCCCCUCCCCGAAACCUCAAGGAAAUACCAGCAGCUGCACUCGAUUUAGUUCUCAAAACAGGUAGCCAGUUGUGAUUGUGUUAUAGCUAGUGAGAGGAAUUGUAUUAUAGCUAGUGAGAGGAAUCAGUGAAUGUCUGUCAGGAAGAAAUGCAAUAUGGUUCUUCAGAAAUAAUGUGUCACAACAAAACCAUGAGUUGCACUUCCUCACUUGGCCCCACUAAACAGAGUUAGAGGGUAGAGAAAUGUGUCAAAUGCCUGAGGGGUUGUGUGUAUUUGCUUGAUCUGGGGAAGUAUUCGCCCGUGUGAUCCUCCAUCAGCGACUCUAGAGUGGUAUAGCCUCAGCAAGGCUGUUCCAUGUGAGAUUUCUACAAGCGUAGAUCAUCUAUUGGCUGGAGUGAAAGCAAUGCAUACUUCAUUCUGAGCUCUUGCAUGGCUACAUGUUUCUCACUGGACUUAGAGGUGACCAUCUGCACUGAAUACAGGGUGUGUCUCUGGAAAAAUCAGUAUUUAGAAUCUCUGGCUGCUUCCGCGUUGGUGUCCUUGAGUGCUAAUGCAAACCACAACCAGAAUUGUAAUUGUCUUUCCACACUAUUGGGGAUAUUUCGCUUUUCUUUUGUUUGUUCUGCUGCGUGACAUAGAUGCUCUGGAUGAGGAAGAAGGUCCAAAUAACCUGUGCAGUUAUUUGAGAGGGGGGAAAUCCAGUUGUUGUUGUUUUAAACAAAGAGUCAUUUAUUUAGUACUAAGCACUUACUCAUUUGAGUGUGAUUGUCCAUUAUUACUAACAAAAUGUCAAACAACCAAGUAUUUAAUGUUUCCUUUGUAUUGAAAGUGUUGAAUCAGGGGGAAACUGCUUG